AGGGUGUACUUCGCCUUCCGCCCGAUUGUAGCUGAGAUAGGCACCAGCGCCCCCCGCGACCUCAAAGGGAAUAAGCGGUAGAAAUGGAUGGAUGCCCAGGUCUGAGAUAGACAUUCGUUUUCCCCCAGCGACCAAUGGGGGGAAAAGUGGCGCACUACAUUAGAAAUCUGCAAGAAAAGCUGAAGAAGAAGAAGGGACCAAUCAAAUGAGCUCCGUGGAGUAGGGGGGCGUGGUCAUUCCUGCUCUGAGCGAGACGAGGACGGGAAGGGAAGGCAAGAUGGCGGCGAACGAACACAAGGACAACAAAGCUCCAAACGCGGGAGGGAAGGGCGGCCAGCCUUUGGUCAUCGCUAGAACCCUCGCCGAAGCACAACGUCUAAAGUUGGACAGGCUCAUGCGGAACCCCGACAAACCCGCCCCCAUCCCCGACCGACACAAACAAUGGACCCCGCGGGCUCCCCCGGAGUUCGUCAGGGACGUGAUGGGCUCCAGCGCCGGCGCCGGCAGCGGCGAGUUCCACGUCUACCGCCACCUCCGGCGCCGGGAGUACCAAAGGCAAGACUUCUUGGACAAAAUGUCCUCCCGCUACAACAAAGAACAAGCUUAUCUGGACAAGGUGGAGCAGAACCGAACCGACGCCGAGGAGAGGACGGCUAAGCGGCGGAAGAAGCGCGAAAAACUCAAGCUGAAGAAGAUGAUGGCGAAGAAAGCCAAGCUGGACUCCAAAGGCGACCAAGAGGAGGCCAAGAGCAGCUCGUCGAGCAGCGAGGAGGAGGAGGAGGAGGAGAAAGAAGCCGAGGACGACGCCGAGGUUCCGAGCUUCAUCAUGGGGAAAAAGUAACACAUUGACGGGUGGAUAAAGUGUCUUGUCGGGGCGUCAUGGACAUCAACGCCUUCAAGGUACUCGUGUAAAUAUAAACUUCCAAGCGAGUUCGUCUCGUCACAAGCAACUAUUUUUGUUGGCACGAAGACUUGAUGACUUUUUGUCUACUUUUUCUUGCGCUUUAGUCAGUUUUUAAUAAAGCGUCGGAUGAGCUUUA